UAGUAGGAGUAGAAGAGAGGGGAAAAAAAAGCAAUGGUUUCACAGCUCUCAUUUCCUGCCAGUGAAAUAUGUGCAAGUUCCUCAUUCAACAAACUUCAAGCCAUCGUGUUUCACCAAGACUUGAAACAAGGUGCGGUGGACAAAGAAAUAUGUAUAUAGUGUAAUCUUAUCAACAUAACUGAUCUACAGAUUUGAUGAUUGACUUCUUUGUGUAGAACAUCAUCUAGACUUCAUUAGUAAACCGAAUGUUAACCUGCUUACAGACAUCAUCUAUGAAGAGGACAUCAUGAAAUCCAUUCUUUGUACAUGUGCACUGUUUCUGGUACUUCCAUGGAAACUAACUGGUGAGACAACCCUUAGGCCAAACAGCACCAGGCAGUAUGAAAAUACUUCUAAAGAUGAUGAAAUAACCAAAAGGGGUGGUGAACCCACCAUUUUCUCUUCAAAAAAUAUAAAGCCUUCUUUGAAACCAAAUGGUGAAACAACCCAUAGCCCAACUAACACUGGGCUGCAUGAAGGUACCUCUAAAGACCAUGAAACAACGAAAAGGGGUGGUGAACCCACCAUUUUCUCUUCAAAAAAUAUAAAGCCUUCUUUGAAACCAAAUGGUGAAACAACCCAUAGCCCAACUAACACUGGGCUGCAUGAAGGUACCUCUAAAGACCAUGAAACAACGAAAAGGGGUGGUGAACCCACCAUUUUCUCUUCAAAAAAUAUAAAGCCUUCUUUGAAACCAAAUGGUGAAACAACCCAUAGCCCAACCAACACUGGGCUGCAUGAAGGUACCCCUAAAGAUCAUGAAACAACCACAAGGGGUGAUGAACUCACCAGUUUAAAAAAAAAACAAGACCAGUACACCAAUGAGGAAAGGGAAAAUGUCUUAUCUUCAAAAUCACCCCCACAAACCUCAGAGCUCCAACCUGUUACAAGUAUGAGUCAUGCUACAUAUCUAACCCAUGCAAUGACUACAGGAGAAAGCAGUUCCUCUUCACAUCUGUCUGCCUUGCCUUUCUUGAGAGAAUUGACACAAAAAAUGACUGACCAAAUUACAAUUACACCACUGCCACAGAAUAUGUCAGAAGAGGUCACUACCACCAGAGAUAACCAAACAUUACAUAAUUUUAAACCCACCAAUAAAGGUCUUGAUCAAUACGCUCAUGAAAACAAUACCAGAUCUGCAGAGAAAGAAUCCUUCAAGCCACAGACUGAUAUUUCUACUCAUUUCCAAAAAACUCCAGAGGUUAUUACAAAUCAAUCAAGAGUAGAAGUACAGACUACAAAAACUCUGAUUACUAAAUGGUCUUCACUUCCCCAAGAGAAAAAAAGCACAGAUCAUCCAAUACUCAAGAUCACUGAUGCAAAUGGAACUUUGGACAUUAGCAAUGAAAAAAGAAAUGACACAGCCACCUACCCACUCAACACAUCAACUACCACUGGCUUUUCCACUGGACUUAAUCCAACUACUAACACAGAGAUUGGUAGAACUAGUACUACCCAUACCAUGGAUACAACAGCAACAUAUGAACUAACUACAAAAUACAUUAGUGAGAGCCAACGUCCCAACCCUAAGAGUGAAACCACCCACACCACUCAAACAGACAACUCCAAAACUACUAUACGGAGAUCCACCAUCAAUAACCAUGAUAAGAAAAGCCACCCAGGACACAUAGUAGCCUCCUUGAUUGGUAGUAUUCUGUUUAUUAUGUUUGUAGCAUUUGUCGUGGUUUUGAUAAGAAAUCAUCAAAUGAAGAAAAAGCAGAUGGAGAAUACUGACUGGGCUGGCCCUUCACCAUUCAUCGAAGGUGACCUCCAUCCUAACUUACCAACCAUCAAUGAGGAUGGAUCAUUUCACAAUCAGGAGUCCAAAAGAUUUUCCCUCUACUCAUUCCUUCCCCAGCGGCUUUCCAAGCGGCUUUCUACGUUGAACCCGACGGAUGAGGAGGUCCCCCUUGAGUACACACAAGCAAGCAGUACGUUUGGGCAACGUCAUGUCCAACCACUAAAUGGAAACACAAGACCAGACGAAAUUCAGACACAUCAAGCAAACAGUCCACCUGCUGAGGUCUCUUCAGACUCCAAUGUCCCUGAGACUGUAAGCAUUCCACCAGCUCCUGAAAACAAUGAGAAUAUCCAAACAACACCUAAAUUUGAUGAGAUCAUUCCAGUUCCACUUGCCGAGACAAACAGUGCCACUCAAACUCCAUUUGAAGAUGUGGAUCUUAAUCUUUCUGUGGACAAGAAUACAGAAUCCACUUCACCAUCAGAUGCUAUACACAUCCCUUCUCCACCACCACUAGCACAAUCUUAGAGACGUACAAAAGCCAUCAGCAACCACAAGCUAUUCUGUAUGCUUUUAAAACAACUGUCUACACAGCACAGUUCCCCGAAAGAGGAAAAAUCAUUUAAUGGUAGUAAAGUCAUUGUUAAAGAAUCUUUAAGGCAAAUAUUUACAGUUUCAGCUAUUAAGUUAACUUUCAUUCAAAGGAUUUUGGAAGAUAAAAGGUGCAAAACCCUGAAAAUCUAAAAUCAUGUGAUUUGUGGACACUAUUAGUACUGUACAUAGCACUGGAGCAUUGAAAUACUCCCUUUAAAACUACAUAGAGAGAAUGUGACUGUGUAGAAUGUGAUUUACUCUUACUCUGGGGGAAGCUGACACUGCAUAUAAAACCAGAAUGAGUUGAGAGCAAGACAGACUGAGGGAGUAGUGGUUUCCGAGUAAAUUACAGCAGUGUUACAUGCUACAGUGUCCAAGUCCUUUUUUGAGCACAAAAGCAGCAUGUCAAAGUUUGUAUGAUUUUUAAUGGUCUGUCUGUUUAUUAAACAGUUCCUAAUGCAUUUUAAUCUUAAAAGAAAACUAUUAAUGUACUUUAAAUUAAUGUACUCUGGCAUUUGUACUUGCUGGCCAGUGGUGAGUCAGUGGUUAAAGUUCUGGGCUACUGAUCCAAAGGCUACGAGUUCAAAUCUUGUCAAGAUAGGAUAUGCAAAGAAAAGAAUUUAAAUGAACUGUACAUGUUAUAAAGCUUCUUUCAUCUUAUGCUAUAAGAACAAUUUAACCUAAAAUGGCAUUUGAGCCAACCAUGGCGAAAAAGCAGUUAUUGUUGAGGAAGGUUAUAUUUAAGCUUAUAUUUUCUGGCGCUAAGCAACAGUCAAAAUUGAGUUUACCAACCAACAAUACAUACCUAGAGUGCUUUUUUUUUGUCUCAAUGGGCUAACUGUAAAGAUGGCUUUCUUCAAAAGAACUGCAGACACAGCUUGCACCCAUACAGUGCAGGUUAAAAAAAAAUAGUGAUAUUAAAAAUAGUGAUAUUAAAAAUCACACAAAAAUCAUAAGACUAUUUGAUAUUUGGUUCUACUGUGUUUGUAUGUUUCACCUUAUGUAAUCUCAACCAAUGGUAAACUUAUUAAAUUUACACAAGUGCUACACAAAAAGGCAGUAAUAGCCUACAUUUGAGGUAUACAAUAAACACUGUUACAACAGCCAAUGAUUGUAUAAACAAACUUAAGUGUUAUUCCAUUGUGUUACUGUGCAUCAUUAUUGGUAACAUCACAUUACAGAGUUGUUUAGAUUAGUAUUUACAGGACUAGUUGACAUUGCUAUGCAGAACUUCACACAUCUACUGGUAUUGCUCACGUCAUCUGACAGCCCAGUGGUGUAACAACAGACUUUAGUUUGUCACUUGCAGAGCAAAGGGGAAACUGUCCCCAAGCUAAUGAAACGUAUUGCUGAAAUAGAAAGUUUACUGUAAGUAUUGAAAUGAGCUGAUGGCAUUUGUAUUUUAUCCAGUGCACAGGAAUGACUGUUGAAUGACCUAUUCCACAAUUCUGAUUACAUAUACUAGAUGAAUAUGCAUAUUUCACAUAUAAAGGUUAAUGGGUGUGCAUGCUUGGCAAUGAUGAUGAUCCCACUAUAUACUCUCUUAAAAUAAAUCUUUCCAAUUCUUG